AUGACGAGAAAUGUGUUGUUAUAUGAAGAGAAGUGGUUCACAAAUAAUGGAGAUAGAGAGGAAGUAAAAAAGGCAGUUUGGGCAUGCGGGAUCGAUAAGGCUCCAGGGUUCGAUAGGUACAACUUCAAAUUCAUCAGGGAAAUGUGGGAAGUAAUCAAGGAUGAAAUCUACGAGUCUGUCAUGGAGUUCUUUAUCGCAGGACACUCGGUGAGGCAUUUGAACGUCACUUGGGUGACUUUGAUCCCAAAGGUAGAAAACCCCACAUCCAUUGAAGAUUACAUGCCAAUCAGUAUGACUCUAGAUGGAGUGUUGAUUGUAAACGAGUCCUUAAGAUGGUUGAAUAAAAAAAAGAAAAUUCCUGGAACCUUGAUUAAACUUGAUUUCCAAAAGGCAUAUGACUCAGUGAACUGGUCUUUUUUGGAACUCGUUAUGGAGAAGUUAGGUUUUGGGCGGAAAUGGAUAAGAUGGAUUAUGAACUGCGUUAGUACUGCCUCAAUGUCAAUUCUUCUGAAUGGCUCACCCCUGCAACCGUUCAAAAUGGAAAAGGGCCUGAGACAAGGAGACCCCCUAUCACCGUACCUCUUUAUCCUUGUCAGCGAAGCCCUAGUCUACAUCUUGAAAAAAGCACAUGACAUGAACCUGAUUGAGGCUGUUUGUAUAGGAAAGGCAAAGGUAAGUUUGAAACACCUUCAAUUUGCGUAUGAUACUCUUAUCUUUGCUCCAAAAUAUUUCACGUGCAUUACGAAUUAUUUUAGAAUCCUAGAUGUCUUUGCUAUGAUGUUUGGUUUGAGUCUUAAUUACAGCAAGUCUAGUUUUAUAUCUUGGAAUUUGGAGGAUCAUGCUUGGGCUAGUGAUAUUGCUAGAAGUGUUGGUUGCAUCCAUUCAUGCCCUCCGUUUACAUAUCUAGGUUUCCCCCUUGGUGAUCACAUGAAUAGAUGCUCUGUUUGGAAACUAGUUGUGAAAAAAAUAGAAAGUAGACUAGCAUCGUGGAAAACAAAACUCUUAUCUAGAGCCCGGAGACUAACCCUCAUUAAAAGCGUACUAAAUAGCCUUCCUAUUUAUUACAUGAGUAUGUUCAAAAUGUCGAAAGGCAUUGCAUUGAAAAUAGUGAAACUACAGAGAAGGUUUUUCUGGGGUAGGACGAACGGUGAAAGUAUGGGAUGUCCUAUGGUCAAAUGGUCAGAUAUAGAACUGUCGAGAGAGAUGGGUGGUGUUAGGGUAGGUAAUAUUAUGCAUAAAAAUCUAAUCUUACUCUUCAAAUGGUGGUCGCGAUUCUCUGAAUCUGAUAACACUCUGUGGAAAAGAAUUCUUCAAUCGGUUCAUGAGAUUAAAGGGGUAAAAGCUUCGUCGGAGACGUUUAGGAGAGUUAGAGAAGGCACAUGGUCUUAUUUGCUGAACAACGAUUCUGACACUUCCAGACUCAGAAUGAUUAUUGAAGAAGGUAUGCUCAUAAGUGUAGGGAUCGGGAACUCUGUUCAAUUUUGGCACGACAGAUGGUGUGAAGCAGGGAUCUUAAAAAGAAUAUUCCCAAGACUCUUUACAAUAUCUCUUCAAAAGAACUCUCUCAUAAGUCAGAUGGGGGAAUGGAAUGAGAUCUCGUGGGUUUGGAAUCUUAAAUGGCGUAGAGUUCUGUAUGAAUGGGAAAAUGAAGAAGUACGUAGACUCAAAGAGAUUAUUGUACACAAAGGGCCGAACAAAGAAAGAAAAGAUGGUGUAUACUGGAAGCACUCUGGUAGUCUUUGUUACCCUACAAAGUGUAUCACUGCGAAAAUAAACGAAGUCUACACUCCCUUUCUACCCAGACCUAUCGUCAACAUUGUAUGGCAAAAAUUUAUUCCCCCAAGAGCAAAAUUGUCUGUAUGGUUAGCAAAUCUGGAGAAACUGAAAACUGGUGACUUCCUUGUGGAAAAGGGGAUUAUUAACCCUCAGGAAGCUGCAUGCCCUUUCUGUAGCUUACAAUUAGAAUCAAACUCACACAUUCUUUUUACUUGUAGAUUUUCCUGGAGCGCUUGGAUGGAAAUACUAAAAUGGUGGGGUCUCUCUACUGCCCUCCACAAUCGGUAUAAUAAGUUCAGCAUUCAAUGGUUAGGCCUGGUGAAGAACCGGAUGUGUCCGGAUUUCUGGGCCCUCAUCCUAGGCUGCGUUAUACGGUCACUAUGGUAUGAAAGGAAUCAAAUAAAGUUCAAAUUGAAGAUCCCUAAUUUUCACAACUUUGUUUACUCUCUGAAAAUCAGGAUAGGAAUCUGGGCAAAGGAAAUGCUGGGCCCACCCCUAUGCUGUUCUGGGUGGACUGCACCGAGCCCCCCUUUUCCUAUGGCUUUUUCCCCUCCCGGGGUUUUUUAUGCCGGCUGGAAAGGUGAUAAUGUGCACCAUAGAGAGCAGUGUUAUAAAGAAUCUAUAGUUGUUGAUAAUGUGCAUCAACAUAAUUAUAAGGAUGAUGAGAUGUGUAUCAACAUAAUUAUGAGAAUGACGAGAUAUGCAUCAAUGAAGAUUGGAGAGAAGUGCUCCAUUGAUGAUUGUUUAUAA